UAUCAUAAGUCUCUCUUAGGAGUAUCGAAAUAUGAUGGGGGUGAAGAUUAGCCCAAAAUUGAAAGGGGCCACGCGUGAUUUCUAGGAAGCUGAGUCAAAAUAAAAACAAAGUAUUACGCUUCUAUUGAAAUACAAAUCAGCGUUUACGUCACGGUCCACGUAUGCUCAUGUAUCGAAUGCAAAACUAAAGAAUCUGAAGCUACAAUAUCUGUUAUACCCUUGUCGUGCAAAGAACAAGUUAAGAUAUCUCGACAACAUCUGUAGUUCACCGCACAAACAAUUGGGAAUCACGCCAUAAUUGCUCGGCUCUUGAGGAAGUAAACAGCCAAGUUUAUAUAUCAGCUUUGCUUUAUUUCCAGAAGCAACUAAUAAUGAAUCUACAGAACAUUUCAUUGGAAUACAACGCGAGUACUUCAAGUAACUCAACAGACGAUUGUGUCCUUCCACAGACGCAUGGCGUGGUUCUUAUGAUAGUUAACUCUGUAGCAGCUGUUGUAGGAACCUGUGGAAACAUUAUGGUCUGUAUGGCGGUGCUCACGAGCCCUCGUCUUCGUCGCAGCUCCAACUUUCUUCUACUCAGUCUGGCCAUUGCUGAUUUGGUAGUGACGAUGAUCUGCGAGCCUUUGGUGGUUGCAAUUGUCGGCAAGAGAGCAUUUCUCCAUGACUGUGCAUCCAACCUGGAGCUUGCCUACGUUGUUGGCUCCAACCUCUCGUGUGCUGCAUCGGUUAUGCACCUCGCAGCCAUCAGCGUGGACCGUUUUCUUGCCGUUGUCUACCCUCUCCGCCACGGACGGAUCAUGCAGAACUAUGGUUUGAAGAUCAUGUUGGGAGUUGUUUGGGGCGUAGCCAUUAUUUUCGCUUCAUGCCGCAUUCCCUUCCUCAAGGAAACAUCUUAUCUCGUCUUCGUUAUGUUUGUGGUAAGCUACGGCUUGAUCAUCAUCUGCUACGCGACCAUCGUGACUUUUCUGGUCAAAGAAAAGCGAAGAAAGAAUGAACUUAGAGCACGACCCAAGGUAGUUGUCAAUAUAAAAAUCGAGCGCCGCGUGGCGUUUACAUUGGCAAUGGUAAUAGCUAUCUUUACGCGUUGUUGGCUUCCGAUGAUUGUUGUGUUCUUUGCUGCUGGUAACUCCCUUGUUAAGAUGUAUGGCACCGCUUACAUGUGGAUCCGAUCCUUGGCACUUUCAAAUUCAGCCAUGAAUUUCAUCAUCUACAGUGCAAGGAUUCGUGACUUUCGGGAUGCUUAUGCUCUGAUAUGCCGGAAGACUCUUCACUGCGCGUAA